UUGACCAUGGGAACCGUAAUGUCUAUCUCGCUCCGCAAGAAGGCAGUCCUCUUCAAAGAUGGGCCGGACACUGUGGGCCACUUGAUGGAAGUCCAGACCGGUAAGAGCGCAAAAGACAAGACUCUGAAGCGCUACUCACCAUGGAGGUGGAUUGUGAAGAAGAAGAGCUCCAAGAAGGUGCAGGCCCAUGAGAACACCAACCAAAACAACAUUGCCCAUCUGAGUAAUGAGAACCUGGAAAAGUCUCAGUCCUUCUCCAACCUUUCCACCCUCACCCUUGAGAAGUCUCAGUCCUGUGACAAGCUGUCCACCCAGGACCAAGGCACUCCAGCCAUCUCCAACAACGCUGCCUCAUUGGUCGAGAAGGCCCCCUUAUCCAACUCAAACACGGCCCCCGACACGCCCCAGAUGGUGACCGUCCAGGACCUCGACGCUCCCAGGAGGCUGGUGAUGGUCCACGCUACAACCGGCGAGCUGCUGCGCUGUCUGGGUGAGUUCCUGUGCCGGCGCUGCUACCGGCUCCAGGACAUGUCUUCCAUGGACCCGGUGCUGUGGCUGCGGGUGGUGGACCGUUAUCUGCUGGACAACUGCUAUCAGAGCCAGAGCUGCAUCAAUCCGGCCGCUGUGGUCUUCCUCUACAUGCUGUGCCGCGAGGCGGUUUCCUCCGAGGUGGCCACCUUGCACGAGCUGCAUGCCGUGCUGCUCACCUGCCUCUAUACGACCUGCUCCUACAUGGGUAACGAGAUCGCCUACCCCCUGAAACCCUUCCUGGUGGACACCUGCAGGCAGACCUUCUGGAUCCGCUGCAUGACCAUCACCAAGCUGAUGAGUGUCAAGAUGCUCCAGAUGAACACAGACCCUAACUUCUUCUGCCAGGUGUUUGCUGACCUGAAGAACGAGAGCCAGAAGGAGGAGAAGAAGAGCCGCCUGCUCAGCGGUGUGUACAGCACUCAGUGA